CCUUUUGCAAAACAUAUGCUUUGAGCCUUUCAGCUUUUUGAUAAGCAGACGCGGAACGCCGACCUGGAAUAUACACCUGGACUCUGGACCCUUCGGGGAGGGAAAAGGGAGGCGAAACCAUUCCCGGCCAUCAGUUCUUUACCUUUCCCUCGCUCAACUCGAUACCGUCCUCGAUGGAUGGUACGAUGCGGGUGUACAAUGCGACCCUCUGGAUCCGGCUGGAGCUGAAGCUGAAGCCGAAGAGCAAGGCGAACAAGGGGACUGGCAGCAUGGCCGGCACGGACAGCCACUGGAACAUCCACGGCGGCAACAAGGUGCUCGUGCUGUGGGUGUUUCGCAUCAUCAACGGGUCCAAGCCGGCGGAAACGAUGAGCAAGGAGGAGGAGUUCUCGAAGCACACUGAAAUGAUAGCGAAGCACACGAUCCCGCUCGAAACCGGGCUCGGCUGGCAGCAGAUCGAUCUAACGAACGCGGUCCGCCAGUGGCACGGCGAGAAGCGCAACGACAGCCUGAAGCUGUUCGUCGACUGUUCCGGCUGCGGCAACAAGAUCCGGGUGCACAUCUUCGAGCACGCGGCCAACCACCACCAUCUGGCGCACCUCGCCCGGGUCGGGCUGUACGGCAGCAGCCGGAAGCAGAAGCCGGUGCUGAUGAUGGACGGUGCGCCCCGGUCGGUGGUGAAGGCGAAGCACCCGAAGAGCCAGGAGCGCAAGGUCGCUUACGGCGAGGGCACGGACGACGACUACAACCGGCCGCACCUGUUCGUCAGCCUGGCGACGACGCAGGUCCGCCGGUUGCGGCGCCGCGCCCUCGACUGUACCGGGGCGCCGAACGAGCAGUGCUGCAAGCAGAAGUUCUACGUCGACUUUAAGGCACUCAAGUGGGACGACUGGAUUAUAAGACCGCACGGGUACUACGCGAACUACUGCAAGGGCAGCUGCCAUCUGGCGGACCGGUUCAGCUCCGAGUACCAUUACGUGAUCGACCAGUAUCGGCGGCAGGGCGGCGCCGGCAACCGGGGGCUCGGCAAGAUGCAUCACAAAGCGGGCGGCGGGGGCGGUGGUGGAGCGGGCGGGAGCGCUGGAUUGGCCGGGAUUCAUCAGUGCUGUGCGCCGGUCAAGUAUUCGCCCAUGUCGCUGAUCUUUUACGGGCCGGACGGGCGCAUCAUCAAGCAGGAUCUGGCGAAGAUGAUCGUGGAGGAGUGCGGCUGCCCGUGAAGUGGGCGAGGGCGUAUCUCGCUAGAGAUUAGCAGCGGCAGGUUUUUCUUUUUUUAAUGAGAGCUUACGAUAAAGCAAUACACAAUAAACUUAUGGAUAAAGCCACGCGUCGGCCGGCAAAGUAACGAUUGAA